AUGGCUACAGAAGAAAAAGAAACGUAUUUCUGUUGGGAAACAAUGAUUGGACAGGAACUCACUAAAUUAGUGACAAUGGAUCUUAUAAUAACUAUAGCGUCGAUUUUCUUGAUCGAUUUCUUCCGUGGUCUCUGGAUCAGAUCAAGUAAUUUUUAUUUAAUGGUACUACUUUUAUGGCUUUUGCUGUGUACCCUUCCUGUUGGCUACGUGAUUGCAUCAAAAAGGCCAUCAUCGAUCUGUGGACCAUUCGCAGGCCAUAAGAGAUUUUACAAUGUUGUGACGCAAAUGCUUGAAGGACGAGUUGAUGGCAAAAUUCUUGGGUGGCUUUUAUAUAUUGGUUCACCAGGUGUUGUAAUACCCGUACUUCUGCUGUUAAUGCUCAUUAUUUAUUUCCUUGUUUCAUUGAUUCGAGGAUUACGCGAGGCCAACGAAGAUUUACAAAAACAAUUAAUACAUGAAAGAACUGAAGAAAAAAAGAAAAUAUUUGAGUUGGCAGGUGGUGCCAAUAAACGGAAAGUCGAACAUCGAAAUAAUCUAGAAAAGAAUAAAAUGGCAUCGUGUCUCCCAGUUGUUGAACAGAAACGCAGAGAGCCAUGGCGUGCAUACAAUGGUGUAAGAAUGCAUUAA